AUGUCGCACCCUUUAUGCUUCUGGUGGUCCUCCCUGAUUGCCGCCCUGCGCCAGCAGUCCGCUGCCGCCGCCGACGAGCGGCUGCGGCUGCUGGGGGAGUGCCUGGCCGGCGUGGCGGCCGUCAAGGCGCUGAGGGCGGAGCGCGACAUAGAGGCGCGCAUCCAGGCGGCGCGGGCGCGGGAGAUGCGGGCGCUGCACAAAAUCGCGAUGCUCAAGGCCCUCAAUUACAGCCUGCAGUACAUCACGACCCCCAUCGCGGCCCUCCUGCUCUUCACCACCGCCUACGUCCUGAACCCCGACGUCGACGGCGGCCUCAACGACGCCGCCAUCUUCUACUCCCUAUCCCUCCUGGCCCUCCCCGAGUUCUACCUCCUGCGCAUGUUCGUGCGCAGCUGGCAGCGGCUGCAGGAGGCACGCACCAGCGCGGCGCGGAUCGACGACAUACUGUCCGCCCCGGAGCCGCCGCCGUCGGCAUCCGAAAAGUGGCUGGCCGCCGCAGCGGCGGCGGCGGGGGGCGGCGGCAAGGGCGCGCCGGCGGCGGGCACGGGGCCGCUGCCGUUGCGGGGCACGGUCGAGCUGCGGGGCGGCCGGUACGGCUGGCCGGGCGGCGCGCUGUCUGCGGCGGCGGCCGGGGACGCCGCGCCGGGGCACGGCGGCGCCCGCAGCGACGCCGGCACGGAUGCCGCAGCAAGCGAUGGAGGCGGCGGCGGUGAUGACGAGGCGGGCGGCAGCUAUGGGAUCGACAUGCAGCCAGCGUUCAGCUUUGUCAGCAAGGCAUCGAGCGACCUGACACCCCUGGGCGACGGCGGCAGCAGCCUCUCGGGCGGCCAGCCCGAGCCCUCCAGAGGCCCAGCCGCCCUGCCGCGGCGUCGAGCCGAGGCACGCUCGCUCCACACGGUCACUCCAGCAACCAACGAAAUUUGA